GAUCGCAGCACGAAGGGGUCAACCCCGCUUCCCUGCCGUGGCGACGUCCGCCCCUGGCCCUGGGUGGCCGUUCCAGGAUCGUAAUAUUAUGCCGACGGGGAGCAGCUUCCCUCUCGCACGAAUCUAUCGCGUCUUUCCAACUUCCUUCUCGCACCGCGCCGCUCUCGCGAGUUUUCCGUUCGUAGGUUUCCGGCGGGCCAGUUUCCCGCUCGCAGGUUUUCCGCGCGCGCGAGUUCCGUCAGUGAAAAUUCCUUUCGCAAAUCUCUCGUUCGCCGAUUUCCCACCCGGGCAAAUUUCCCUCGCAAGUUUCGCGCUUGACAAUUCGCGAAGACCUGGACCGGGAGCUUUUCCCCGCCUCACAUUGCUCGCGAAUUUUCCCCUCGUGACACUUUUACUCCCAAAUUUCAUCGACCGCGGACUGACGGCAAGCUUAACGUGGACGUGUGUGCUCAUCGCAAAGAAAGCGUAAAAGGAGUGUUAGGAUUUGGCAGGAUAAGUCUAGUGCCGUGACCAGUGUUGUGACAUUUUGCAUCUUGGAAGCCGAAGGAAGAAAGGACCGACGUAGCCCGGGAAAGUUGAAGGAUAUAAUGAGGAUACGGUGCUUCAAAUAAGGGAUGAAUUGAGCAUGAUUGAUGACCGCACCAACUGUCUGGCCGGCUCGAGGCAGCCGAGCUCGUUGGAGCGCUGGAAUAUCCGACGUUGAAACCGCGACGCAACCGAAUUGGAUUCUAGAAGAGUUCACGGGUCUAAGGUGACCGUGAUUUAGAUGAAAAUAGUCAAGCGAGGGUAAAUUCGACGAGUGGUUUGUCGCAGACAAACGAGAAGCGAAAAAUCGCCGACGGGUAGAAUUCGCCGUCGGAUUUCCAGCUGUUUAACCGACUCUAGAAUGCAGCGGCAUGCGUCGUAGCAGCGCGCGACCAGGGAAAUGCUGAAGGAAGUUGGCUGCGGGAGUGCUACACCCCCGCCUGGGGACGGCGGCGGGGCAAACAAUCGGCAGGUCGGCGUGAACGAGGGCGGCGGUGGCAGCAACGGCGGCGGCGGAGGUGGUGGCGGCUGUAUCAGCGUCGCCGAAGGUACCCUUGGCUGCGGCGGCUGCGGAAGGGAAAUCGCCGAGCGUUGGUAUCUAAAGGCGGCUGAUCGUGUAUGGCAUUGCGGCUGCCUGCGCUGCUGCCACUGCCGAGUACCCUUGGCCGCCGAGCUCACCUGCUUUGCUAGAGACGGCAACAUCUACUGCAAGGAGGAUUAUUGUAGACUAUUCGCAGUGUCCCGAUGUUCUCGAUGUCGCGCUGGUAUCUCCGCUUCGGAAUUAGUGAUGCGCGCUCGCGAGCUGGUAUAUCAUGUGGCAUGUUUCACUUGUGCUUCCUGUGGCACCCCGCUCAACAAAGGCGACCAUUUCGGGCAGCGGGAUGGGCUAGUAUAUUGUAGACCACACUACGAGUUGCUGUGCUGUGCUGGGGAUUACGGAGGUGCUGCUAGUAACAUCGAGGACAUCGGCUCACCAGGAGUGUCGCCGCUGCCAGCUUACUACGAGCAGAACCCGAUAGCCUCCUCCGGCACGGUGCAAAAGGGUCGGCCUAGAAAGCGAAAACUGUCGGAAGUCACCGGCUCCGAGCUUCCUGUCACGAUGAGGCUGGCCGCUGGAGCGCUCGAACUGCUGCAUCCCACUGAACUGUCCUCGUCGAUGGAGUCGCUAGCAUACGACGCGUCCGUAGGCUCUCCGGGCCCGGUGCACCAGAGCCAGCGGACGAAACGCAUGCGUACCAGCUUCAAACAUCAUCAAUUGCGAACCAUGAAAACUUACUUUGCGUUAAAUCAAAACCCGGAUGCCAAGGACCUCAAGCAACUCGCGCAGAAAACCGGCCUAUCAAAAAGGGUACUGCAGGUAUGGUUUCAAAACGCGCGUGCGAAAUGGCGGCGGAAUCACAUGCGGCAAGAGAGCAGCAACGCUGGCAGCAACGUCGGUUGUUCCGGAACGCCGGUGUCCUCCAGCACCGGCAGUUCCCCGAACGUCGGUCCAACCGCCAGCAUCCUUGGCGACAGCAACAGCAUGCCCUCGACCUCCAUGGAGGAGUUACACGCUCUUCAUCAUCUGCACUCCGGCGUCUCCUCUCAGGUCUCCUUCUCGGAUCUCUAUAGACGACGGCUCGAGAUGGAAGAGGAUGCUUACAGCAGCCUCUCUAGCCAUCUUGGAUGAGGGACUAUUACGCUUUCUCGAGGAUCAAUUCCGAGGAACUCGGCAAGUCGAUGACAAAACCAUCAUCGUUUCUAAGAAGAAUCACUGAUAAACGUUCGCGUUAGCUACUGUUCACUUAUCAUGGCAACGGUCGCCACGUUUGAGUCUGGACUGUGUUCCGAAAUAUCCAAAGUGAUUCUUGUUGUGGUGAUUUUUAAGAUAACUAUUUCGAUUUCACGACAGCCUGCAUAGAUUAAUUCCAUGCAAAGCAAGCUUCAAUCGAAGCAAAAACAUACGACUGGUUCCUCCAGGAUUCGGAAUUCGACGUCAUUUUCAAGACAGAAUAAGUAAUGGGGAAAUGUUCGAAAAAAGAUGACGUUGAACUUUAUGAAGGAAGUGACCCAUUGAAGAAAAGGUGAUCUAGUCAGAUAGAGUCUAGCGGGUAAUUUUGAGGACGAUUAUGUUUAUAAGUAAUCAGUGAUAAUAAUCAUAGUUCCAUGCACAUCCGAAUUACCAAAGAUUACUAGAGGAGGAUAGUAAGAAUGUAAUCUAGAUAUGUAUACAAAGAGAGUGUACCAUUAGCGAAUACGUCGAUAAUUAUCGAUUAAUGGGGCCUCGAGUACUAAUCAAUGUAUGGGGUGUUUCAAGAAGACGCAUAUCAGCAACAAGUAUGUGUAUUCCUGAAGGAAUUCGACAAAAAAUUUUUUGGUAUAGAUUUAAGUCACUUAAAAAUGUUUAUAAAGGUUUAAUAUAUUAUUUAAAUUUUGUCCAAUAUUUCAUUCAAGUUGCGCAUCGUGAGAAAUACGCCAAUGCUAUCCAAUAUAUCGUAUGAAUCUGCAUCCGUUUGGAACACCCUAUACAAUGUUGCGGAAGUAGUAUGGCUAAACUAAACGAAGACUUGUCUAUGCGGACGGACACGAACACUGCAUGUAACGAAAUCCUUUCAUUUGUCCUUGUUAAUUUUACACGGAACUUCGCGUGCAGUUAAUUUUCAUCGGCUUCGCUCCGCCAUCAACCCACCAAACUCAAUCGAUCAAAUAUUCAUCGAUAAAUCUAUUGAGUACGAUCGCGAUUAUUGAAUACUGAGAAGUGAUUUAGAUACAUUCUAGAUGACGUGGAUACGCGCAAUAUUAUAGACAACUAAUAAUUUAUUAUAACUGUACUUGCAGAAUAUUAAUGAUGAUUUCUAUAUUAAACACGGAAUAGAAUACAGCACUGAACUCUUCAUUGUUAUAAGGAGAAGAUCGCAAACACGAGUUGAUGAGAUUCGACGAUCGAGAGAACAUUACAUAAAGCCCGAUGGAAAUCUAAAUAAGUGUCCGCGACUUUUAUAUUUAGCGGUGUAAAUGAUGUACGAAAGAGUUCUUAAAAACGGCGUUCCUCUGCUCGUGCCAAAACGUAGCUAAGAAACAAAUUUUUUAACGAGCUGCUUGAAUUCAAAGGACAUGAUAUAUUUUUGCAAAUCGCAGCACACUCGAUAUUCGCGAGCCAUAUCAAGAAUAAACGAUCUCCCGUCUCACAAAUCUUUCACAUUAUGCGUUCUUGUAUUCACUUUUCUCCUCCAAAUUGUCAUCUUUGAAUUCGAGCAAUGUUAAGCACACAUACACACGUGUUUGACGAAAAUAUGUGCACAAAGUUGCGAAUAAAGGCUAGGAUGUCACAAGUUUGUGGGAUUUUAAUCAGGUUCAACCCCUCAAGCGUAUAUAAUGUCAUAGAAUAUCGUAGAUUUAAUAUUUUUCCAAUAUUGAAGUAUUAGAAACGUGGAAUAUCGCGGGGGAAUUAUUGAAGUUAGCCACUGAACAAACUAUUUUCACAAAGUCUGAUCAUCGUUGAUAAGCCUUCAUUUCUAAACUAUCGAUCCUUUUGGAACUUAAUUUUAAAGCAUAUUUGAGGGGCUGUGUAAAUAAUACGCGCAAGGUUUUACGGAAAUUUGGAGUGUGUUACGAAAAUCAUCAACUUAAUUACACAAGGCGUUUAUAAGUUAAUUUUAAAAAGCCAAAGAAAACUGUGUGAGACUGUGAAAAUUAUUUGAGAAAUUUAUUUACGUAUUUCAAAAAUUAACAACACUCCGGAAGAAAUAUAUUGAAUAUUUUCCUAAAUAUUUCUAUAUUUUCUAUGCAAUUUCUAUGCAAAUAUUUAUAUUUUGCUUGCUUACUUGAAAAUAAGUCGAAAUUGUGAAUAUUUUAUACCCUUUACGACGUAUCUUGCGUACGAAAGUUGACGUUUACGUAACGCUCAACAGAGAAAAUUGAUAGAUCGCACGUUAGGUAUCUGUAGUAUAGCGAUGAUUAAGUGUACAUGUUAAAGAGCGAGGCAAUUAUUUCCAACUGUAUAGAUAAAUUAAUGUGCUAUAUUCGAGUGCAACUAGUGACGCAUAAUAAACAGUUACGUACGUCUCGACUUAUAGACGUAACUUGUUCUCUUCUCUGACUUGCUUCACCUUUUCCGUCCAAUCUGGGGAAGAUAAAUUUAUUUUCUAAUUAGUAUAGCGGGUAAAUAUAACCAAGACUCGUAUGUGCUUCUUCAACGAAUCACGAUAAAAAUUUUAA